AUCUCCAUGGAGAAGGUGAAGGUGAAGCGCUAUGUGUCGGGGAAGCGGCCAGACUAUGCGCCCAUGGAGUCCUCGGACGAGGAGGAUGAGGAGUUCCAGUUCAUUAAGAAGGCGAAGGAGCAGGAGUUGGAGCUAGAGGAGCAGGAGGAAGAUUCAGCUAGUGACCCCCGUCUGCGGCGCUUGCAGAACCGCAUUAAUGAGGAUGUGGAGGAGAGACUCGCAAGGCACCGCAAAAUUGUCGAGCCAGAAGUAGUUGGAGAAAGUGACUCGGAGGUGGAGGGAGAUGCCUGGCGCAUGGAACGGGAGGAUACCAGCGAGGAGGAGGAAGAAGAGAUUGACGAUGAGGAGAUUGAGCGUCGUCGUGGGAUGAUGCGCCAGCGAGCUCAGGAGAGGAAGAAUGAGGAGAUGGAGGUGAUGGAAGUGGAGGACGAAGGCAGGUCUGGCGAGGAGUCUGAAUCCGAGUCUGAGUAUGAGGAGUACACAGACAGUGAGGAUGAAACGGAGCCACGGCUCAAACCUGUCUUCAUCCGCAAGAAGGAUCGAGUUACAGUCCAGGAGCGAGAGGCAGAGGCAGUGAAACAGAAGGAAUUGGAGCAGGAGGCAAAGCGGCUGGCGGAGGAGAGGCGGAAGUACACACUCAAGAUUGUGGAGGAGGAGACUAAGAAGGAGCUGGAGGAGAACAAGCGAUCGCUGGCUGCGCUGGAAGCGCUCGAUACUGACGACGAGAAUGAUGAGGAGGAGUACGAGUCCUGGAAAGUGCGUGAACUGAAGCGCAUCAAACGGGACCGCGAGGAGCGAGAGGCACUGGAGAAGGAGAAGGCUGAGAUUGAGCGCAUGCGGAACCUGACGGAGGAGGAGCGUCGUGCUGAGCUCCGUGCUAAUGGCAAGGUCAUCACCAACAAGGCAGUGAAGGGCAAAUACAAAUUCCUGCAGAAGUACUACCACCGGGGGGCCUUCUUCAUGGAUGAAGAUGAGGAAGUGUACAAGAGAGACUUCAGUGCCCCCACGCUGGAGGAUCACUUCAACAAGACCAUCCUGCCCAAAGUCAUGCAGGUCAAAAACUUUGGGCGCUCUGGGCGGACCAAGUACACACACCUGGUAGAUCAGGACACAACCUCCUUCGACUCUGCCUGGGGUCAGGAAAGUGCACAGAACACCAAGUUCUUCAAGCAGAAGGCAGCCGGCGUGCGGGACGUCUUUGAGAGACCAUCGGCUAAGAAGCGGAAAACUACCUAAGGGAGUACCCAGGACAGUGUCAUGCUGCCGACAGCAGGGCGGAAAGGCACUUGUCUGCCAUGGGUCCUAACCCUGCCAGAAAUCUUGCGAGUGCGUUGGGGCAUAAAGUGCGCCUGCUUUGGCCAAUUCCUUCUACUCUCCAUUUGUUGAGCUGAGUGUUGCAUUCUGUGCUCCAGCACUGAGCUCUCACCACCCUGCCUGGUGACCUGGGCGGGGCUGCACCGACUUUCCACCGGGCUCAAUUGGAAUUAGAGGAAAAGUCCAUCCUUGCUAGGCCAGCCAGACCCAGCGCCGAAUGUCUUUCGCCCCACGGGACUAGACAACUUCCCAGAUUCCCACUGCCAGAGGGCAGCAAACCCCCAGUUCCCUUGGAAUUAGCAGCAGGCUCCUACAGUCUGUUCCAAAGCAUCUCCCCACCUCUGCACAACACCCCAUAUCCAGUUGGGAAGGCAGUUCCCUUUUGUUCUCUGGAACAGCUGUAACAGUCUCCUCUGCCCUAUCUCAGAGGGGCUUUGAAGCCUCUUUCGCCUAGCCCUCUGCUUGGCUCUAGGCUCCCCUACCUGUACCGUAGGGUCUGGGGCUCUUCCAGGCUCCCAAGGCACAAGAUUUGAGUUUUGAUUAAAA